GAACAUUUGUCUAUGAACAAAUUUAGCCUCGAGCCUUUGCAACCUGUCCAGCAUCCAACAUGUCCGAAAUCAGUCUUGCGGAAACAAUCAGUGCAAUCAGCGUCAACGACGAAUGGGGGCCGGCGAUCACCACCGCCACCACUCUCGAUGGCGUCCCUUACGCCCCAUACUCCAAGAGCGAUAAACUAGGUCGUAUGGCCGACUGGACACAAGAAGGCAAAGAAGGCCGAGACCGAGGCGGUAGACAAUAUGGGCGAAACUACAGGGAUCAACAAAUUUACGGCGCAGGCACAUCCUCCCUUUUCGCCGUACAAGCUGCCGAAGAUGAAGCCACCUUCUCUGUUGUCGACAACACCAGAACAACCGCAAAGGGCCGUGGCUUCGGUCGGGGCGGUGUAACAGUCUUCCGUGGCCGAGGCCAGCGAGGAGCUGCCCAACGUGGAGCAAGAGGAGCUUUCCAAAGAGUCGGACAAGGUCGCACUGGAGGUCAACAGCAAGGACAGUUCUUCGACAAUAGGGGUGGCCGAGGCGGCAGAGGUCGUCGAUUCGGGUGGCGAGACUACGACAAGCCGCAACGAAACCGUGAUGCUUCAGUCAACAUCCGGCCCGAUUGGACCAUGAAGGAGGAAAUCGAUUUUAACCGACUCGCGAAACUCAACCUCGAGACUUCCGACGGCGAAGAUAUCGACAGCUACGGAUUCCUCUAUUAUUAUGACCGGUCUUACGACAAGGCUCCGGUGAAGAACACGGAGCGCAAACUCCUGUCCCUUGAACGAGCCGCGUACAACGUGACCACGUCGGCCGACCCCGUGAUCCAAGAACUGGCCGAGAAGGACGAGGCCACCAUCUUCGCCACCUCGGAUAUCCUCUCCAUGCUCAUGUGCGCGACUCGAUCUGUGUACAGCUGGGACAUUGUGAUCCUGAAACACGGCAACAAGAUCUUCCUGGACAAGCGACCCGACAGUUCAAUCGACCUUGUCACAGUCAAUGAAAAUGCCGCCGAUGCACCCCUGGAAGCAGACACCUCGACCACGCCAUCCCAACAACAAACCGGAGUCAAACCGGACAGCAUCAACACUCCCUCCAACCUGGCCAUGGAAGCCACAAUGAUCAACCACAACUUCGCCUUCCAGACGGUGAUCGAAAACCCCAACAGCAAGGUCGAAUUCCCCCACCCGAACCCGUUCUACAGUGCCUCGGAGGAAACCGACCCGCUCGCCUCGAAAGCAUACAAGUACCGCCGCUUUGAUCUCUCACUGGAGCGAGACGAGGAGCCCCUGAACCUGAUCGUGCGCACGGAGCUCGACGCCGCGAUCAAGAACAACAUCUCCGGAGAGGACCAGUUCCUCAUGCUGAAGGCGCUCAACGAGUUCGACCACAAGGCUCAAGGCAGCGGCGGCGCGCUGGACUGGCGCACGAAACUCACCUCCCAGCGGGGUGCCGUGGUGGCCACGGAGAUGAAGAACAACAGCUGCAAGCUGGCGCGGUGGACGACGCAGGCCAUCCUCGCCAGGGCGGACCAGAUGAAGCUGGGCUUCGUGUCGCGCGCCAACCCGAAGAGCGCGGCCAACCACGUCAUCCUGGGCGUCGUGGGCUACAAGCCGCGCGAGUUCGCAAGCCAGAUGAACCUGGGCUUCUCGAACGGGUGGGGCAUCGUCCGCACCAUCGUUGACCUCGUCCGGAGCAUGUCCGAUGCCGCCGACGAGGAGGACGAGGGGGCCGCGGACAAGGAAGAGGGCGCCCGCGCAAAGGACCGCAAAUACGUCCUGGUCAAGGACCCGAACAAGCCGGUCAUCAGGCUGUACGAGGUGCCCCUGCACACUUUUGAGGAUGAGGACGACGGGAUGACAGGCACGGUAGGCGAGACGGACGGCGCUGGCGAGGAGGCAGAGGAAUAAAAUUAAGCAGAUGCAUUUGGAGCAAGUUGCAAUGAGAUGGGAGUCGGAAAGCGGAACACUACCACAACGACUUUCCAUUUACCUACCUGGACCUUCGUACGUAGGUUAGGGAACACCGAUCCCACACAGCUCUCAAAAGGGACUGGCCCCGAGACAUGACAUCUCGAGGCAAGGCACACGGAACAAUCCUUCCGAUGAAUUCGCCAUAUGAAGGGGGGGAAGAAAGGGCGAUACCGCUGUGCUCUGCACCAGGACUGGGACUUGAAUCAUGUCAUUUUCACGCAGGCAUAAACACUACCAGGAUGAAAGGGUGGAUGGCGGGAGGACCGGUUCUCUCGCGAUCCCGGAAUGGAUGCUGGCGGGGGGUGGAAGGAAGCGUUUGGGUGCUCUCCCUGCGAUAUUCACGACCACACCACGACGAUAGACGAGGCGCAAAAACGCCAUCUCCAAAAGUAUCACACAAGAGUCUCCCCCUCCCUUUGUGGAGACUUUUAAAAACAUCUUUUUUCCGGUCAAAGAACAAGGCGAGUCAUGUCCGUGGGGGGAGGAUUGUAGGGUCGUAUAUCUCUGAAUGUAAAUCCAUUGCAUGCCCUCAAGUCUAGCUGGGUAUAUAUUAUCCAUCUAUUUGUGACGCCAAUGCUAUGCUACAUAUGCUAUACAAGACUUGCAACAAAGGCU